AGAGAGAGAUGCCAACACACAAUGACACACUUCAUAUAAGAAAGUAGUUUUAAAAUUAAGAAAUAUCACAACACACACACACACACUCACACUCACAAACACACUGUUCUGUAGUUCGCUUGGAUUACAUUUCGGAAAGCGUCAUCGCCUGCAAAUAAGGAAGUGUGUUUAAAACAAGACUCCUUGCUGAGGCGUGUGUUAUUUCUUCCCAGGACAUAAAGACGCAAGAAGCUGCGCGUGGAGUUUUUGUGUUUUUGUUUUGUGGAUCUGCACGAGAGUGAGCAGGACCCUGUGAGUCGCCAUGUCCAGGUCAGACUUCCCCCCAGGCUACGACGAGUCGCGGCUGCUUUCAAAUCAUCCAGCUGGUGGUCCACAGCCUUCCGCACCCCCUCCAGCCUACGAUUAUUCACCGUAUGGAGGUCAACCACAACCUGGACCCUACCCUGGAGCUCCCUACUCCCAGCCCUCGGCUCCUUACCAGGGGCAGCCUGGAAUGUACCCCCCACAGCCUGGACUACCUGGACAAGGAUACCCAGCUCAGCCAGGGCAACCCGGCUACGGAUACCCCGCACAGCCGGGGCAGCCCCCUCACCGAUUCCCACCACCAAUGCCGCCCAUAAUCCCACCCACAAUUCCCAUCUCAGACUCAGGUGACGACGGCUUCACCACCACGUCAGGAUGGGAGAGCGUGAGCGUGCGACACGCCUUCAUCCGCAAAGUUUAUCUGAUCCUUGCAGCUCAGCUCCUCGUCACAGUCGGCAUCGUGGCUGUUUUCACCUUUGUUCAACCUGUAAGAAGUUUUGUUGUUAAAAAUCCAGCAAUCUACUGGGCUUCAUAUGCCGUCUACAUCGUCACACACCUUGUGCUGGUCUGCUGUAAAGGACCCAGGAGGCGUUUUCCCUGGAACCUCAUCCUGCUGGCCCUGUUUACUCUGGCGCUGUCCUAUAUGACCGGCACGAUAUCGAGUUACUAUGACACCAAGUCUGUGUUCCUGGCUCUGGGGAUCACCGCCAUCGUCUGCAUCGCCGUGACCGUCUUCUGCUUCCAGACGAAGGUGGAUUUCACCAAAUGCACAGGUCUGUUCUGCGUCCUGGGAAUCGUGAUGUUCGUGACUGGAAUCAUCACCGCCAUCGUUCUCUCGUUUAAAUACAUCCUGUGGCUUCACAUGCUGUACGCUGCUCUCGGAGCCAUCGUCUUCACGCUGUUCCUGGCCUAUCACACGCAGCUCCUGAUUGGGAACAGGAAGCACUCCAUCAGCCCGGAGGAGUACGUCUUCGCCGCUCUCUCCAUCUACGUGGACGUCGUCGAGAUCUUCCUCUUCCUCCUGCAAAUCAUCGGAGCUUCUCAAAGAUAAGUUAAGAGUCGUCCCGGAUGUCUUUGGGCCGAGGGCGUAUGCCGUGUGCUUCCGUGGCGAGACAAUCACCCAGCAAGAGAUUACUGAAUACUGAGCGAAAUCUUUCCCAUAGCCUACAGACCUGAACCUGAUCUCCAGCCUUCUGCUGACAUCAGACGCUCUCCAAGAUAAAGAGCAGACUCUUCUGUGCUGAAUUUACAACAAUGAUUUACUAUAAACCUCUUUACACCAACUUCUUUAUUAUACCUUUACUGGCUGGAAGGGUUCUCUUAUUUUUCUUUCUUUCUUUAUUUCUAUGAAAGAAAGGAAGGAAGGAAGAGAGAGAGAGAGAGAGAGAGAGAGGAAGGAAGGAGGAGAAAGAAAGAAAGCACAUCAUUAUUUUACUUUUAUAGGCUGGAAGUAAUUUUCUACACACUAAUAUUCAUGAUCUUUUGAUAUGAGCUGGAAUUUUAUUUGUACUAAUAAUGAAUUUAAUGCUUAUUUAAUGCUUUAUUAUUAUUAUUAUUAUUAUUAAUGGAGAUGAACAAGAUGGGCAGUGUCUGUUAUAAUAAAUCACGUUAUAAGAAGUAUUGGCACCCUUAACAGGUUUGCAUGUGGUAAGAUUCUCAGUAAAUUGGGACUAAGCCACGCCCAUAAGCCUUGACAAAGACCCGCCCACACACCCAUUCACGGCGAUGCAGACAUGUAAAAAUGUCGAAAAAUCUGUGGUGCUUUAAUUGAAAAUAUUCCCAAAUCAAGUGACUAUCAAUAAAUUUAUUACUUAAUUACAGUUAAUUACAGAAAUGAAGUUUAAUAUACACAGAAACAUUCUCACAAUAUCACAAUAUAUAAAUAAAAUAAAGGGUGCCAGUAAUUUUGCACCUUCCUCUCAUAUCAGUCACUUUAAGUGACUAUUAUGCAAAUCUGUAAAUAAACAAACUUGUCAGAGAUUAUAUAUAAAUAUCCGUACGACUUUUACUGUUUAUCAUGUUGUUGUUGUUGUUGUUCUCCACCACAUGCUGUACAUGUUAGACAUUAAUAAAGGUUACGUUUACUCUUA